GUGAUGUAGUCAUCGAAAUUUAAUUGGCGCCAACACUAAACAGCUGAUGGAGGCGAAGAUUACGUUGCUACGUUUUAGAGCACUGACUGGAAUAUUUCAUCCCUGAAAAGAAGAAGCACGCUAAAGAAGAAACAUUUUCGAGACUUAGUAAAUACAUAUCUGAAAAUCGCGCUAAAUCUAAACGCAAACAUUUUGCGACAUUUAAAAAAUAAAAUCAUGUUUGGGGCCACAACUUCGACAAAUCGUAUGAACGAUUUUGAGGUGGCGUCGCCACCAGACGAUUCCGUUUCUGCUCUCGAAUUUAGCCCAAGCACUUUGCAAAAAAAUUUUCUGAUUGCCGGCAGCUGGGACAACAGUGUGCGCUGCUGGGAGGUCGAACAGAACGGAGCCACAGUGCCAAAGUCAAUGAAAACAAUGGGAGGACCCGUUUUAGAUGUGUGUUGGUCUGAUGAUGGCACUAAAGUUUUCAUCGCGUCAUGUGAUAAGCAGGUAAAGUUGUGGGAUUUGGCUUCGGAUCAGGUGAUGCAAGUGGCUGCGCACGAUGGACCUAUUAAGACAUGCCACAUGGUAAAGGGGCCAAACUACCAGUGCUUAAUGACGGGAUCCUGGGAUAAGACACUAAAGUUUUGGGAUACACGUACAUCUAAUCCGCAAUUAACUAUAAAUUUGCCGGAAAGAUGUUACUGCGCGGACGUGGACUAUCCAAUGGCUGUAGUCGGCACUGCUGGUCGUGGUCUAAUCAUAUACUCUCUGGAAAAUACUCCGACCGAAUUUAAAAGACAAGAAAGUCCCCUUAAGUAUCAGCACCGCACCAUUUCAAUAUUUAAAGACAAGAAAAAGGCACCGACUGGUUACGCUUUGGGCAGCAUUGAGGGUCGUGUCGCAAUUCAGUACGUGAAUCCGGUAAAUCCAAAGGACAAUUUUACAUUCAAGUGCCAUCGGUCGACUGGGACUUCGGGCUUCCAGGAUAUAUACGCUGUAAAUGACAUUGCAUUUCAUCCUGUGCAUGGAACAUUAGUCACUGUGGGUGCUGAUGGAACAUUUAGCUUCUGGGAUAAGGAUGCACGCACAAAGCUAAAAUCCAGCGAAGCCAUGGAUCAAUCUAUCACAAAAUGUGGCUUCAAUGCCAAUGGCCAAAUUUUUGCAUACGCUGUGGGCUACGACUGGUCAAAAGGUCACGAAUACUUUAAUCCAGCUAAAAAGCCACAAAUAUUUCUGCGCUCCUGCUUUGAGGAAUUGAAGCCGCGCGUCAACUGAUCGGAAGCUAGCUUUAAUUUAGGUUUUUCAAAUAAUUCAUUUAUGUACUACUAAAAAUUAAAGCGUAUUCACAGUUUUA